AUGAGCUUCGGUUACAGUGUCGGCGAUUUUAUCAAGCUCGUCGAGCCUGCUAACGAGCUCUACCAUCGCUUCGAUGCGCCGCGGCAAUUUCGAUCCAUCUCAGACGAGGGUCGAGGCCUGACAAUAGUGCUGGAAGGUCUGGUCGACAUUGUUGUAGCAUGUCUCACUCUACUCAACGAGCUGAACAAGCAAUUGACCGACUACCCUGAGUUGGAUACCCACUUUGUGGAACUGGGUUCUCUGAAGGGGAGAUUCAGUGCUGCCCGCAAGCGAUUGAAAUGGGAACCAAAGGACAUCGAGGCGCUUAGAGCACGAUUAUCAUCCAACGUCGCAUUACUGAAUACCUUCUACACGCAGCUGAAUUUUGGCUGGUUGAUGGAAUCGAAGACCUUCCAGGAAUGGGCUGCUCAGCACGAACAGACACUGCUCUGUCCUGGUAUCCCUGGUGCUGGGAGGAUCAUUAUUGCCUCCGCAGUCAUCAAUUACAUCUUUGACAGAUUUCCGCAAGUCGAAUCCACCGGCGUUGCGUACAUAUAG